GAGGGAGCCUCAGCUGACGUGAAGUGCCGUGGUCAGUCCAGUUUCGCUUUUGAAGGUGCAGAGGCAGGAACAAAUCUCUCUCCUUUUUUUUAUAGGUACUGAUAUAUUCCGUACUGCUGAGUCUUCUAGCAGCAAGUGAAGAAUAUGUAUCUGUUCCUCCUUUCCAUUUUAUAUUUGGGUUUGAAAGCCACUGGCACCAAAGAGGUUAUAUUUGGUCAUAAUAAUUUCACAGAAUAUCAAGUGGGCAACAUGAACCUGAUUCUCUCUGUCCCACACGGUGGGUCAAUGGAACCCAAAGACAUCCCUGAUCGAGAGGCUGCCUGUUGGGAUGCAAAGACAUCCUCUUGUAUUUUCUCUCAUGAGUGUCCUCCUGGAAGUAUUCAAAGUUAUAAGAAAUGCAAAGUGUCCACCAACCAGGACAGGUAUACUAUAGAGGUAGUUCAAGCUCUUGCUGAAGAAAUCAACAACAUUACUGGUGGCUUCUUCCCACAUAUAAUUAUAAACCACCUUCAAAGAUUCAAGAUGGAUGCUAACAGGGUAAAGGAAGAAGCUUGCUUUGGAAUUCCCCAAGCAGAACAGGCAUGGGAGGAAUAUAUGGGAUUUUUGACCACUGCAAAAAGACAGAUGACAGGAGGCCUGAUUCUGGAUAUCCACGGACAAGCACAUCCUGAACGGUGGAUAGAACUAGGUUACACCCUUUCAAAAACUUCUCUUAACUCAGGCUUCUUUUCUGCGUCAUGUUCCUCAAUUAGCCAUCUGGCCAGUCAGCUAGUCAAUGUGUCUUCCGAGACUUUGGUUGCAGGGAACAGAAGUUUGGGUAAAUAUAUUGAAGAACAAGAUAACAGUUAUGUUUGUGUGCCUUCUCCAUCCAAUCCUAGCCCAAAUAAUGGGAGCUAUUAUAGUGGUGGAUACAUAACAAAGACUUUUGGUUCUCGUAGCUCUGGCACUGUUGAUGCCAUUCAGCUUGAACUACCCCAGUGGGUGAGAGCAGCUGAAGAAUGUCCCAGAUUUUGUAAAGCACUAGCAAGGGCUGUAAUGAAAUUCUGGCAAACUAACUACUGCAGCCAGCACAACCGUGAAUUUCUGCCGUGCUGAAAGAUGCUGUUCUGUAAAGAUACCUUUACAUUAUACAGUAAUGAUCUCGAACAAUGGAACAGCUGGUACACCUGGAACAUUUAGGCCUGCAAUAUAAUUGUGAAUGAUGGUGGAAAGAAACUAACCUGCAAAGGAAUACAGAGACAUCUACAUAGAGAAAAUCCACAGCUAAUACCAGUAAGUCCGUCAACACACAGCUUUGUACUACAUCCAGCAUUGAAAAGACUUCUUGAAGAUGAGUGGGUAUAUUUGGAAGUAUCACUUGCCUGGCAUGCUUCUCUGUGCAUAAUUUUUUUCCAAUAGCAUCCUCAGUUCUCUAGCACACAAUAAACAACUAUUCUUCUAAUGAAUUUUGUGCAGUGUCUUACUAGAUGAUCUGUUCAAAGAAAUGAAGCAUCUCUGCUUUUCUCAUGACACUUAAGACAAUAGGAUAAUAUCGUUGUGUAAAAUGUUUGGGGCUGGGGCCAGUUUCCAUUUGGUGUUUAUAAAGCCCUAGGAGUUGGAAUUCUUCAAGUAAACAAUAACGUUGAGCAAUGACACCCAGUCUGAACUACUUCAGGUUUUGUUAAUUUAAUGAAUUAUGAAAAAAACUCUGAGAGCGUUACAGUGCUGAAGUCUUGUCACAGUUUAAAUAGCACAACAGUAGCGUUGUAACUGGAUGGAAGGCUGCUAAAGAUAAUGAUGUCAUGCAUUUUUGACAGUUUUCCUUACAGCGUGAUUCUCUCCGGAGAGCUGGUCCAUUGAUUUCAUUCAGCAUAGGAUUAAAUACUUGAUUGUUACUGGGAAUAGUGUUACAUUAUGGAUUGGCUCUUCUGCACCAUGGAGAAUAUAGUGGCAUAAAUAGUCAGUCUAUUUAUGCCAUGAUAGACAAAUUGGCUCUUGGAAAACAUGGGCAAUUAAUAAGGAAAACUAAAAGGAGCAAGACAGCAAGACUGAAAAGAGUAAAAUUCAUAAAUUAAGAACCUAUGAAAUCCUAGCAGUGCUAAAGGUUUGGUAAAAAUGAAAGAAUGAGUUAAUAGUCAGUUCUGAGUAAAUAGUUCUGAGUAAGUAGUCAGUUAAUCAGCUGAAGAGAAGCAGGAUUUCUGCAUCUUGCAACCAUAGUAGAAUAAUUCAGUUCUAACUAUAAAUAGGGACAAUAUCAAAGAGAAAAUCUUGACGUUUAUAACGCAUAACACAUUAAGACCAUCAAAAGCAAUGGAAGAGGAGCUCUCUGAACCUGAACUGUUCACUUUUAAAGAUCUUUGAAGACUAGGCAAUUUUCAGAUAACUGGAAGAGAGCUGAUGUAGCUGUCUUUCAAAG